AUGAUGUCAGACAAAAAAUGGCAUCAUUUGAGAGCCAAGAUCAGGGCUUUGAGAACGAAAAUAAAAAAUCACUUUAUAAACCCGGGCGAGUAUCUGAGCCAGAACGUAGAGUAUCUCCCGCCAUGGAGCCAGUCGUACCGCGAGUGGCUGGUCCAGCAACCGAAACGACUCGACUGGGACAGAUGGCUGAUGAUGGGGAUGAUCGGAUUCACCGUCGGCUUCAUCGGCUUCUUGCUUCACAACGUUAUCGAUGCGAUUGAAGAGCCAAUACUUGAGAAAGCUCUCGAUCUCGCCAAAGAAGACAAAAUCGGCAUAGUAUGGUGCUGGCGCGUUGGAAUGGGCGUCAUACUCGCCACUCUUUCUUCCGUUAUUAUAGUCUAUUUUCGUCCAUCUGCCGGCGGUUCGGGGAUCCCAGAACUCAUCGCCUUUCUCAACGGAACCUCUAUCCGUCAUAUUUAUAAUGUCCGCACACUGCUUGCCAAAUUCGCCUCUUGCGCCUUCGCUGUUAGUGCAGGUUUAUUUGCCGGACCAGAAGGUCCCAUGAUUCAUAUUGGCGCACUUGUUGGUGCUGGCCUCUCUCAAUUCAAGUCUGACUCGAUGGGAAUCAAUCUCGCCUAUUUUCAGCGUUUUCGAAAUCCGGAAGACAGACGAAACUUUAUCUCCGCUGGUGCUGCAGCGGGAGUAUCCAGUGCUUUCGGAGCGCCUGUUGGAGGGCUUCUCUUCUCGAUGGAAGAGGUUUCAAGUUUCUGGUCGAAUCGACUCACGUGGCAGGUGUUCUUCUGUUCAAUGAUCGCUGCUUUCACUACAAACAUUUUCAACUCCGCAUUUCUAGGAUUCCACUACCAAGGAUCAUUUGGCUUAUUGAAAGAGUCGAACAUUCUUUUCAAGUCGAAAUUGGAGAUUCUCAAUAAUAUCAUCAUCUUCAUUCCAACAAUCUGCCUCGGUAUCAUUGGAGGAGGAUUAGGAAGUUUAUUCGUCUUUUUGAACCUGAAAAUCGUUCGACUGAAGGAUUGGCUUGAAACGUUCUCUUUCUCGAACAGAUUCAAAAAACUUCUCAAAAUUGCAGAAGUGAUUUUGAUCAUCACAUUGACCGCAACAAUCUCAACUACACUUCCACUGGCUCGGCAAUGCCAGAAGCCUCGCUGUUACGCCGCAAAUGCUAUCGAAGCAAACCAAAUAACACAGGAGUCUUGUUCUGUCAACUAUGCUGGCAUCCCACAUCCUAUGCCUCCCGUCACUGGUGACAUGGGGGCUGCUGGAACGUUUGACUGCAUGAAGCACUUUAACGAGGUGCCCAUAAAAACAGGUGUUUCUGCGAAUGGAAAGUGGCGCUACACUAAUCAAACGUACAACGAGCUGAGCUCGCUUCUGUACACUUCACAAGACCAUGCAAUCAACCAGCUUCUUUCGAGAGGGACCCAUAAGCAGUACUCUCCAGAAGGCGACAAGUAUUCUGAUGCAUCCGAUUAUAAAGCAUGGAUGGAUCCCGGAGCUAUUGCAUUGAUCGGGGCUGCGAGCUUUUUCGCUGGUGUCUCUCGUCUCACCAUCUCACUGACGGUAAUCAUGAUUGAGAUCACCAAUGAUGUGACGAUGCUGCUGCCUAUUAUGACUGCAAUUAUGGUUGCAAAGAUUGUCGGCGACCAACUCACCCAUCCAAUUUACCAUGCUCUGCUGGAAGUCAAGUGUAUACCCAUUCUUGACGAAGAGCCCGUGGUUUAUACGCAAGAUCCAAAUGGUCGAUCUGUUCUACGGAAUCUUGAGCUUCACACAGUCUCAGAAGUUAUGACGCGGACUGUUACUACACUCAAUCAAAAAGUCAACGUCGUCGACCUUGCCUCGUCUUUGAAGGGGAACAAACACAUGAGUUUCCCCGUGCUGGAUGAGAAAGGCUACUGUGGAACUAUAAACAGAAUCGAUCUCAUUCAGUUGCUGCAGCACCCAGAGCUCUUCCAACUUCCAGAUGAGCCUCCGAAAACAAAUGUUCUGAAAUUUCAUUCCGUGCACACCGAUAAGCUGCACGAAGAUGAAGCCUCGAUUCUUGACUCGGCCAUCGAGCACGGAUCCGAGAAAAAUUUGUAUAUUCUUCCUUAUACAAACCGCUCAUCAAUCGCUCUACCUGACUCUUUCUCACUUCACCGAGCUUAUUUAUUACUAAGGACUCUGGGAAUCAGAGUGUUAGUCUUACUUGACGAUCGAAACAUGCCUUCUGGAAUUCUGACGAGGAAGGACUUGAUGGGCUUCGCUGUUGAAGAAAAACUUCAAGCUUCGAUAACGAGGUCUCUCUCUGAAAGCGACCCAAACACGCAAACUACAAUCACCACCGUCACCACUGGAAUCAAUAGCAUCGGUCCCUGUUCAAUCAACCAAUAUACUGUUUCUUGA